UGAGGUUUCUUCUAAAGCGCCAGUUGCCAAAGGUCCGUGGAUUUGCACUCUCUGCCUGUAGGUAGCUUUCACCUUUCGAGAACUUUGGUCUCAAGUUGCAGAGCAGAUGAAAGCAACGGAAACAGAAGCCGCGCUCUCCGUAAGUCCCUAAUCAUAACUAAUUGCGUUUUUAGUACAUUUCGUAAUGCUUAGUUUCCUCUUCAAAAGAGUCCCAAUCGGGAGAACUGUAAGAGAUUCAAUAACCCAGCUGGGUUUUCUGCAAAACCCUUCAUCUCUCAGAUACAUAUCCUCAAAACCCUCAAAAUAUCAGAACCCUUUCGUGGUCUCUUACCUCAUCAGCUCAUGUGGGUUCUUACCCGCAGCUGCCAUCUCUACAUCCAAGAAGAUUGGUUUUGAAUCCUCCGAAAGACCAGAUUCUGUUCUUACGCUCUUCAGAAACCAUGGAUUCACUGAACCACAGAUUUCCAGUCUCAUAAGAAAGAGUCCAUCAUUGCUUGUUGCCAGUGCUACAAAAACCCUUCUCCCUAAACUUCAAUUCUUCCAUUCGGUUGGCGUUUCGAACGCUAACAUUGCAAAAAUUCUCGCCAAAGAUCCAAGAGCUUUCUCCUAUAGCUUAGAAAACAAAAUCAUUCCUGUUUUCAAUUUCUUCAAGAGUUUAGUUGGGACUGUGGAGAAUGUUGUUAUUGUUCUAAAACGUGAAUCUCGUCUCAUCAAUUGUGAUAUAGAGAAUGUGGCUCGAAAUAUUGCAAUCAUGAGAGAAAAUGGUGUACCGGAUACUAAUAUCGUGAGUUUACUAACUUACUUUCCCGGCACGACCACACAUAAACAUGAUCGGUUCAAACAGUUGGCUGAGGAGAUUAAGCAAAUGGGUAUUGAACCUUCAAAAUACUUGUUUGUAAUUGCUCUAUAUGUCUUAACAUCAGUGAACAUAUCGACACGGAAGCAGAAAUUCGAGGCUUACAGAAAGUGGGGUUUUUCUGAGAGUGAGAUGCUCAUGGCAUUUAGAAGGUACCCUUGGUUUAUAAAAUGGUCUGAGAAGAAGAUAGCGAGGCAUAUGGAUUUCUUUAUUAACAAAAUGGGUUGGGAACGGGCAGUUAUCAUCAAGUAUCCGCAACUUCUAGGGCUUAGCUUUGAGAAGAGGAUUCUUCCAUGGUGUUCGGUUUUACGAGUGUUGAUAUUGAAAGGUCUGGUGAAGGAAGAUCUUAAAAUGGGACGUCAAUUGAUCAAAAGUGAGAAGCUUUUCUUGGAGGAGUUUGUGACAAAAUAUGAGAAAGAAGUUCCUCAACUCUUGGAUUUAUUCAAAGGGAAUAUUAGUCCGCUAGGACUAGGAUAUGGAACUGAGGAAGUGUGGAUGUCUUAGAGUUGGUAAAUUUGAAUGGACAAUACAACUAUUUUUCUGUCUCUGAGAGAAAAUCUGAUUUGUCUAAGUUUGAAUGGACCUUCUAACAUUUACUAAUAGGAUGUUUUAAACUUGGUAAGUUCAAAGCCUCGAGGUCUAUAUGGAGACUAUAUACAAGCCUCAAUAGAAUGUUUUUUUUUUGGAGGGGGGCAGGGUUUGGUUGGUCUUGAAGUUCCAGGUACAAUAUUCUGAUAUUUUGUGCAACGUUUAAGGUCAUUGAUUCAAUAUGGAUUUCUUGGAACUCGACUGUCCAGCUUCUAUGCGUUGGGUGAGCUGUUUUGGACAGCAUGGACUAUGGAGGCACAUAUCUGUUGCUUAUCCAUUCUGGUGCAUGUGGUUACUCUUAGUGGGGGCUAAUCCCAGGUGCAAUACUUGAAAAGGCUCGGAGAUCUCAUUGAGGAUGGAUGCACUCAUGUUCUUACCCCGUGUAAUACAAGCUACAACUGGGAUGUGGAAAGUGUAUGGCAUCACACCUUUUACAAUGAACUUUGUGAUGCUUCAGAACAACAACCAGUUCUCCUUACUGAAGCACCUCUCAACCCCAAGGAAAACAGAACAAAGAUUGCACAAAUGACGUCUAAAUCUUUCAAUGUUUCAAGUUGUGUAUGUUUCCAUCCCCAGGAGUUCUCUACCUCUGCAAGUAGUCAUAUAACAGGUAGUGCACUGGAUUAAGGUGAUGGCCAUAUGCUCUCAGAGGCCACUCUCAGGCUGGACCUUGGCCAGGAGACCUCACAGAAGCUCUAAUGAAGGAUUCUAGGAUCCCUCCUGAUACCAACAGCAUUGUUGAGCGGGACAUUUUGUCAAAAGAAAAGCUUGGUUAUGUGGCUUUUGACCGUGAACUGGAGUUGAAAGAAGCUUCAAUGAUGAGCAGGGAAUCAAUUGAGAGUAGCUAUGAGUUACCCGAUGGUAACAUAAUGAUCAGUGGUGGGUUGAUGAUGUUCCAGGCAUUGCUGAUCGUCUAAGCAAGGGAGGGGAUCACAACGCUGUCCAAAGUAACCAGAGGAAUCUUGUCAAAUGAUUCAAGAACAAGAACGUCGCAUAGGCCGCAUUCCCUAACAAAUUCAAAGGCAUGUGAAUGAGAAUGCACACCAAACACUGAUUUUAUCAUCUUAGGAGGCAUUAUCAACCUAGAAUGUACAUCAAAAGCAGCUUUUGAAUUUUUCCAAGAUAUAUACUGUCUGAAACCAUGGAUUAAAUUUAUUUUUGUAGGAGAUUUAAUUAUUCUGGAUUUGAAUGGAACAACUACUAUAGAAAUUCUGGAUAAAAA